AUGUUCAAAACACAGGAAGCUCACAGAAGAAACCUAGUUAUCGCCGCGGACAGUUCCAGCACCAGGUUCGGCACACUCAACAAUCGUCAAGACGAGAACAAGCCCAUCUCGACCGCAAAGCCUGAGGCAACGUGGUUUCGUCUACGUCCCGGGCCCGAUGCCCUGGCUAGGUUGGUCGUCGUCCUGCAUGAGAUCAGGAGGAAGCAUGAGCUCACUGUCGCGGUACAACCCAGACUAGGCCUGGCAGCAACGGAUAUGGUUAUCCAUGAAUAA